AUGGCGACCGCCGCACCGCCAGCUGACAAAGCGCCAAAACUCAGUUUGAAGGAGGACAGCAUUGCAAAGAUGCUGAUUUGCAAGGCCCACAUUGGAACGAAGAAUGUGGAACACAAGAUGCGGCCGUAUGUGUUCAAGAGCACAAGCGAGGGAAUCCAUCUGAUUAACCUAGCGAAGACGUGGGAGAAGAUUUUGGUGGCGGCACGCGUGAUCGUGGCUAUUGAGAAUCCAGCCGACGUGCUGGUAAUUAGCGCUCGGCCCUACGGCAGCCGCGCAGUGCUCAAGUUCGCACAGUACACAGGCGCACAGGCUAUAGCUGGCAGAUGGACUCCAGGCAUGCUGACCAACCAGAUAACGCAGAAAUUUGUGGAACCGCGUCUCCUUAUCGUCACGGACCCGCGCACAGAUGCGCAAGCAGUGCGGGAAAGUGCCUACGCCAACGUGCCCGUCAUCGCCCUCUGCGAUACUGACUCUCCCCUGGAACACGUCGAUAUCUGCAUCCCUUGCAACAAUAAGGGGAAGGAUUCGAUCGCAUUGAUGUUUUGGUUACUUGCUCGGGAAGUUUUGUAUCUGCGAGGAGAACUCCCGUCGCGCAGUGUGCCUUGGGAUGUGAUGGUAGACAUGUUCUUCUGGCGGGACCCGGAGGAAUUCGAGCGGAAGGAAAAGCAGGAAGAAGAGGAACUGCCCCCUCAUGUGGCUCAGCAGGAUGUCGGGCAGUGGGGUGCAGACGCAACAGGAGGUGAGUGGAAACAGGGGGGUGCAGACUGGACGGGGCCGGCAGCAGGACCAGGCGGUGAAUGGGAGCAACCUGCGCCUGGGGCAGAGGGCGACUGGACAGGUGCACGCGCAGGCGUCGCUGUGGGCGAACCGUGGUAA